CACAAACACACAUUUUCACCAGCGUUAACUCAGGUUGUUCUCAUGACUGAAAUAUUAAAACACAUGUAAUUACCGAACUACUGAGCAAAAUCCUCUUUCAUUGAAAAAGUUCAGUGUUUGAGCCUAAAAAGUGAUAAUAGUCCCUUUUGAACUUCUUUCCGGUGCAGCCGUCAAUCAAUAAAUUAAUCAUAUGAAUGCUUUAAAACUGAUGAGAUUGGCAGCAUGGCAUACAGCCAUGUUACACCAGUUAAUGGCCAUUUUAUUAUUCCAUCAGUAAAUCCAAGAGUCUGCCUGCAUGAGCAUGCACAGGCUUCUUAAGGAUCCAUGCAUUUUUAUUUUUAGGGGCACAGAGAUGGAGAGAGCGAGAGAGAAUGAGGUGAGAGAGGAAAAGGAUGAGAGUGUCUAUGAGUGGGAGGGGAAGACUGGUCCUGAUGCUGAUGUCUCUGCUCUAACCUUGGUUGCUAUCUAAAAGCAGCAGGAUCUGCCCGUCCUGCUUAUUCAUUGGUUUGCCACUCUGACCACAAGACAUGUGGUUUGAGCAACAACCAAUAAAAGAAAGGCGACACUCCUUUAAAAGUCGCCUGUCUUAAAGAAACAGCACCGUUACCUUGUUCAAUUCCAUUCUCCGUGUUACUACGUGUUGCAUUUACAAUCAGUUGGGCAUUUAAUGCAAACAUGUGGAUGAAAACAAAAUUGCAGAAUGAAACAAUCCACAUGUUUAAGGGGUGAGGAGAAUCUCUGGGGUCAAACUUCGUCUCUGUGAACACCUUUCUGCAUGUCAGCAGCAGCAACAGCAGCAGCUGCAGCUGAGCCAAAGACAUCCUCCAACACGGAGGUGCACUCAUGAAUAUUCCCACUCAGUCUCUCACUCUCACGCACACCCUUGCUCACUCACAUAUUUUGACAGACAUCCAUGCUGUCGUGUCGCACAUGCGCACUCAGCCUCAAACAGGAGCCAGGCGCAGACACACACAUGCACGCGCCUGCAGCCACUGCCUGAUUAGCUUGCGAGGGCUGUCUACAGCAUCCUGGGAAAUGGCGCAAGAGGCAGAGCAUUGGAGGACGAUCGGCAGCCCGAAGCAGCAGGAUUAGACCGCUGGUGUUUUGGACAGCCGAGAGAUGGCGUGACUUGAAGGAGAGGACUGGUUACAGGAGCAAUCAGGAGGCGAGCCGAUUGCCUGUGAACAGACUGAGAAGUGGCACAGGCGGGCUGAUGCACCGGUAGGACUGGGCCGGGGCUUUGGAUCUGUACUGUUGGGGAGGGGCAGGAGACGCAGGCAGAGGGAGACUGUUUUUCCAGACCAAAGCUUUGGUGCGAUUCUCCAGCCCGAUCGUCUGAGGCCUGCCUCCAUCCCCCUCUGACUCUUUCUACCAGAGCCUUUCAUUUCUUGUUUUUCUCCCAUCUUCAUCCCUCCCACCCCCUCUCCUUUUCCCGAUGUUACUGCUGUCAUCCAAGUUUCCUUUACCUCCAUCCUCUGAGACCACAGCCAUUGUUUUCUCUUGCCAGCUCUGCUUUGUUUCCACUCCAGUCAUCUGGUUUCUCUGUUAAGCCACUCAGUUCCUGCCACAUCCUCUUUUUAUUUACCUAUUAUUUCUAAUUAACACUCGUCUCUUCCAUCAACUCUCGUCUGUGCCCUUCUCACAGUCUCUCUUGAUUUCCCUCCAUCUUUACUCACUCAGCAUCCAUCAUUAUUCUGUGGGGACUAGAGAUUUGGGUCAGCCUGCUCAGCAAAUGGGAUAAGAUGUAGUCCCCACGGUAAGCAGACCCAGGGGCUCCUGGUCUGCCCAUCAGGGAGACCAUCACCUUCUGACAACAGAGGCUGGAGCCUGACUCAGGACUGACGGGGCGGCCUGUUGUGGAGUUCUAUAUGUAGAAGAGGAUCAUCUGCACCCUACCCUUCACCCCUUCCCCUUUCCCCAACUUGGGGCAGCUGCCACUCUGGAGUGUCCCAGCUUGACUGGCUGUAGCCUCUCUCCCCGCACCCUGACGACACCCUCAUGCCACUGGGGCACCCACAGUGCACCCGCCCCGCUUCACUACCGCACCUCCUUCUUGUGUCAAAGGCCCAGACCUCCGGAUGCCCUCAACAUGGGUGUGGUUGAGACUAUUGACCCAGAGCCAUCCCCCUGUGCCUCGCCUGUACCAGGGGGAUACAGGCUGCCCCGUUCCUCCAGCUACAGUCCCCUGCAGGGGAGGCCAGGGGCAGAGCUGGACCUCGGUGCAGCUGAUGGAGGAGUUAUGGAGGGAGGUGGGACGGCGGCAGAGCGCAGGACGCCCUUAGUGGACCUGUUCUGUGAGACCUGCUCAAGGCCCUGGCUCAUCGGUUGGUGGGACCAGUUCAAGAGGAUGUUGAACAGGGAGCUGUCCCAUUUGUCAGAAAUGAGUCGCUCAGGGAACCAAGUAUCAGAAUACAUCUCCACUACCUUUCUAGACAAGCAGAAUGAGGUGGAGAUCCCGUCUCCAACUCUGAGGGAGAGAGAGAAGCCCAUGUGUCAUAUCAGCGGUGUGAAGAAGCUGACACACAGUUCCAGCCUUUCCAAUUCCACCUUGCCUCGGUUUGGCGUCAAGACGGAACACGAGGAGGCGUUAGCCAGGGAGCUGGAUGACUUGAACAAGUGGGGCCUUAAUAUCUUUCAUGUGGCAGAGUUUUCCAACAACCGACCCCUCAGCUGCAUCAUGUUUGCCAUCUUUCAGGAAAGAGAUCUACUGAAGACCUUUCGGAUCCCUGUGGAUACUUUUGUCACCUAUGUGAUGACCUUGGAAGACCACUACCACGCCAAUGUCGCCUACCACAACAGCCUUCAUGCUGCUGAUGUCACCCAGUCCACUCAUGUGCUGCUGUCCUCACCGGCUCUCGAUGCUGUUUUCACCGAUUUAGAGAUAUUAGCAGCAUUAUUUGCUGCUGCCAUUCAUGAUGUAGACCAUCCAGGAGUGUCAAACCAGUUCCUCAUAAAUACCAACUCAGAGUUAGCCCUGAUGUAUAACGAUGAGUCUGUGCUGGAGAACCAUCACCUGGCUGUGGGCUUUAAGCUGCUUCAUGAGGAGAACUGUGACAUCUUCCAGAACCUCAGCAAAAGGCAGAGACAAAGCCUGAGGAAACUCGUUAUCGAUAUGGUUUUGGCAACAGAUAUGUCCAAACACAUGAGUUUGCUGGCAGACCUCAAGACUAUGGUAGAAACCAAAAAAGUGACAAGUUCUGGAGUGCUGAUGCUCGACCAUUACACUGAUCGGAUACAGGUGCUGAGAAACAUGGUGCACUGUGCUGACCUGAGUAAUCCAACAAAGCCCCUACCAGUGUACCGGCAAUGGACGGAGAGAAUCAUGGAGGAGUUCUUCAGGCAGGGAGACAAGGAAAGGGAGAGGGGGAUGGAGAUCAGUCCCAUGUGUGAUAAACACACCGCAUCUGUGGAAAAAAGUCAGGUUGGCUUCAUUGACUACAUCGUUCACCCACUGUGGGAGACAUGGGGGGACCUCGUGCAUCCCGAUGCCCAGGAAAUCCUUGACACCUUGGAAGACAACAGGGACUGGUACCAGAGCACUAUCCCCCUAAGCCCAUCACCACCUCCUGUGGGUCAGGACAAGGAGCUAAACGCGUGCAUAGACAAAUUUCAGUUUGAGCUCACCCUGGAAGAGAGCUCUCAGACAGAACAGGAACACGAGGAGGACCAAAACACACCAAACCAUGUGGCACAGGACUGCAGUCACAUGGACAGGGAGGACAAAAAUGAGGACAAGGAAGAUAUUAUGACAGAGGAGAAUGAGGACAUCAUUGAGGAGGAGGAGGAGGAGGUGCCAAUGGAGGAGGAGGAAGUAGAAGAAGAACUGAAGACUCAGCUGAGUGAGGAGUCUGGAAAGGAAAGACUUUAUGACACAAGUCCUGUAGAAGAAGAGGAAGAUUCUUCUUCUCAAGCUGAAGAUACAUGAGUCCUGCUCCUGUAUCUCCCUCCUAACUUGCACACAUUACCUUGUUCGUUCUUUAAAUGGCCAAACCAAGAACAAAUAAAACUGCAACGACAAUACAGACCUUUAAAUAUAUUUUUCAAAAAGGGAAUAAACUAAAAUCGCUCAAAGAGAAGCUAAUUACACAGCAACUGUAGAUUUGGAGUGGUGACAAGUUCUUUGACUGAUCUCAUGAUGAACUUCAGACUAAUAUGAAUAUAGGAGACCGUUUGUGAUGGGGAGAUGAUGACAGCGUAGCACUCUGGUGAACGGAAUGCACAUAAACACAUAUGAAGUCACACACACACACACACACACACACACACCCACACACACACACAUGCACACGACUGUAUCUUUGUAUGUGUGCAUUUACACAAGGAACAUUGAUCAGUAAUGAAUUUGUUUGGAAUAAGCCAUCCCUUAUUGGUGUAUUAACUAGUGUUCAGUCAGUAUUAGUAAUUCCUGUAUGUUAGAAUCUCCAUAGAAGCCGCUCUCCUCAGAGGAGCGCCAGUGAUUUUUUUCCAUUUCUGUCGGAAAUAAGAAUAAGGAAAUCCACAGCGUGUGGGGAGAAGAAGGGUGAUGUGGAAGUGAAGAGGAGGAAGAUGCUGCGAUGAAGGGGCCCGAGAGGUCCCGUGUCCUUUUUUCCCUUUACGAGGAGAGUGCUACUGGUGCAAGAUGGCUCUGUGCCUUUCUGAAACACCAGCUUCUUGAAAGGAGCUGUAGUGAAGCAAUGCAUUGUGGGACAGGAGAGUCUGAUUUUGUUCUCAUUUUGAUUGUCUCUUGUUGAAGCUCUUUCCCCGCCGUUCAUGGUGUUGUGGUGUGUAACCGAGUUUCUGUGGUGACAUGUUUUCGGCUGUAAGUCUUCCUUUGUUGCUCUUCUAGUAAUAUUACAACUCAGAACUCUAGAUGCAGAGCAAUCACCAACUCUACCACGACCACCUGUGGACUCUUUCAAAGCUUAGCUUCUUUUCCUAUUAGACAGAUUUUUUUUAUCUUUCCGAGAAUAAGCCAUGAGAUGCUUUCAAGCAUACAUUUUGCCUAUUUUAUAUUUGAAUAUUGCUGAAUAUGUUGUGGGGGCGCGGAGUUAUUUCAUCAUCAGAACAAAAUGUCAUUUGUUGCGUCACACCCAGUCACCUUUUGUGUUUUUGUCUCAUACGUGACAAAUCUCACCAAAGUUAAGAAUGAGAAACUUCUGCGGGUGAAGUGGUUUGAAGGACAAUGACUGAAUAAAGGAAAUCAGGGAAGCAGUGUGUCAGGGGAAAGACGUGCAACUCAGCCAAAUGGAGGUCUGGCCGUCUCUGAUCAUCUUCACUAUGUUUGAUGGUUUUUUUGCCUUAAUGUCAGAUGCAGGAUACAUACCUUCCAGUAUGUAGAUUAAUGAGAUAUAUUAUGGAUAUCCUAGUCUAUUUAUAUUGCGUCUGUAUGCCUAUUUCUGUGUUGUGUGUCUUGACACAAUGUAUUUUGCAUUUGGAGGGGAAGGGUGUUUAUGUUGUUGCUGUGCUCGGUCUAACAUGAAGAAUGUGUUGCUGAUUUUGUUUUUAAAUCAGGACGGCAUCUUAAAGCUACCUGGGUGCAGUCAAAGAAAUCAAGAAACCGGAGAUAAGUUCAAGCAGGGGUAACGAGCGGUCGUGAAUAAUCGAGUAACAGAGACAGCAGGGUGUCGGAGGAAUCAUGUGUAGUUGGUCACUCAUCUGCAUCACCACAUCUUGUUGACAGGUGUCCAGGAUUUGAUCAGCACAGCUGAAACGGAUCAGCUUGUUUGGGUGUUUGUUUUCCACAGGGUAAAAAAUAAGAAUAACAGUGUGGUUGUUUUAAAAGGUAAGGGCGAGUUUCUGCAGGUCAGUAACUGAGCUCAUCUGAAGACACCACCGCUUGGUGCAACAGGAGCCUGUGUGUGAGCUGCUAAGCCACCUUGCAGACUUUCCAUCGGGUUAAAUGGGAAUCCAGGAUUUCUACUGCAGGAAAUGAAAGAUUCCCAUAUGCACUGGCCUUUUACUUUAAACACCUUCUCCGUUUUUGUGGCUUCUUGUUCUGUUAUAAGCUACAAAAACAUUAAUAUUUAAUUGCCAUACAAACACGAUACUGUAGCAAUUGUUUCUUAAUAACAAAAUUAUUCAAUUAAGUGAUUGCUGACAUUCUUUUUAAAUAUUGAAAAGAAAACAACUGAGAGUGUUUUCUUUCACCACUUUGUGUACAGUUUAUUUUUAUAUCAUUCUGGUGGACGGUCGGGAAAAUGAAUCGUGUGUUGACGAUAUAGCUAUAAUCAUGAUCACUGUUUGUACAUAAUGUAAUAAUGUACUGUAAAUUAAAAUUUUAUCCAAGUCAUAAUGAUUGACAAAUAGCCACUUAAAAACGAACCACUGGGGUACAGCGAGCCACAUUGUCACAUUUUAAUUCUUUGAUUACUCGUGAGAACGUUCUGUCAUGAUUUUUAAUUGUGCACACUUAUUGUUAACGUCAAAUCAAUUUGUACCAGCACUUUAUUUCAUCAGGUUUGAAGGCAGACUGUGUGUUUCAGGUAGUGUUCAGUCUGUGCUGGUUUGGUCAUAGGCAAUCAAUGAACUAUAUCCCACUGGGCCAAAUCUUAAACCCCGGGCAUAAUAAACAAAUUCAUUAGAGAUUAGGUUUGUUUGACCAAUAAAGUCCAAUCAAAUCUGAUUUCAGAACAUUUGAUCGAUUCAGAUAUGUGUCCUUAUCUAACACGACCAUUUCCAGCACUACCACCUCCUCUGUUUCUUAGUAACUUUAAGCACUAUCUAGCCUGAUAGCCUAAAUGUCCGUCCCAACGUGGCCUACUUAGCUGGUUUCCAUUGGUGUUGCUGUCAGGUAAUCUUACUGCAGACUGACUUUAUUAAAAAAAAAAAGAAUAAAUAAAAUAAAUAUCCGGACUUGGAUCUCAAGUGUUUGUCCAUCAGUAAGAAAGAUCACCCAAAAAAUACAUGAAAUGAUUGUAAUAUUUGUAAAUGAAGUUGCUGUAAUGUGUAAAUGUGUCUGAGUUAUUUUUUAUUAUAUUAUUUUUAUGAAAGUUUUACUUCUUGACAGAGCUGAGGUGUCAUUUUGUGAAUAAAUGCAUUUAAUAAGCAAAAUCUAUAUAUAAAACAAACCUAUAGUAUACCAGUAUAUUUUUCUUUUAUUUCACUGUUCAGUACUGUAAAGUGUGUUAAAAUACAAAUAAAGCAAGAUUUUUAUAACAAAACAACCAGUGCUGUUUGCUGCACCCUGCUUAAAUUGCUGGCCAAACAUUUGGUGUUAGAUUCACUGUCUCCAUAUCAUGAAUGUAUAAAAUAUACGUAUUUUUUUUAGUUCAUUGAGUUUUUAUUUCCAACUCCUUUGUUCCAUCAGCUAUUGAACUGCUUAACUCUGAGCCGGGAGGGGUGGCGAAAUAACAGCGAAGUAUCAUCGGCUUUAAGCAUGUGCCAUUUUUGGAGGGCUGCUGCUCAUCCUCUACCCUUCAUUUAGGAUGUGUUCGGCAUGUUGAUAGUGACACACAUUGUGUGAUUGUGUGAUUGUAUAAAUGGAUUGUUUGCUUGGUUGUUUUUAUGAGCGAGUUAUUCUGUGUGGUAAGCUACAAAUUAAUUGCCCCAUGGGGACCAAUAAAGUUUUCUGAUUUAAA